AUGACAGAACCCGACGUUCCCGUUCGUGUAGUAGCUACUACAGUUUCCGAAGGAAAUUGUCCAUCGUGUGGACGUGAGGUAAAGUCAAAGGACGACAAAUAUUGCCGACAAUGCGGCUUCAGGAUCAACUUUCAUUGCUCAAAGUGCGGAAAAAACGUAAAGUACGGGGUUUUAUGGUCAAUUAUAAAUUUGCACAUAAAGUUAAGACUAUUUUUAACUUAUGUAAACAAUUUUAAUCUCUUAUAACGGUAUUCUUAUCACUUUCGGCCGAAUAUUUCGAAAUCCUUUUCGAAAUUUGAUCAAAGUAACACUUGACGCAACUUGUUUACUUGUGUCAAGUCUUUUUCUUUUGUUAUUUCACGUGAAAAAAGCAAAUUACGUCGAAUUUUCAGGCCUGUGGACAAGUUUUGUGCUCAUUGUGGUGCAAAGAGAUGGCACUGGUAUGAAAUGUGGAGAAUCGGAAUUCUCCACCGAAAUCCGGGCUUUGUAUUGGGCACUACCGUGGUGGUUGCGGCCGCUUAUUUUGGUUUAUAUAUGUGGGUGAAAGGAAGAUCUAGACGAUUCUGA